GACUAGCUUCUCCGUCUCUGAGGGCUCGAGAGCUGAUAGAGACUCUCAGCUGCUCCCAGGCUGCCCUUCCAGGCCUCAACAUCAUACACAAUGCAACAACUGUGACUUAGGCCGUCCUGCUAUGCUCCUUGGUCUCUCAGGGAUCAGGAGAUCCAAUGGAGACCUCACCUAUCAGCCCAAUGAACGAGAAGAACACCGCUCAGCCGCAGCAGCGGGAAGAGAACGCCCAGCAAAUCUUAAAUACAGCCAUUCCGUUUAGGCAGCGGUCCCCAGGUCUUCUCCCUGAAGCCCUGAAGGUGGGAGUGAGACCGGAUCCAGCCAAUCAAAUUGUAGAGACUCAAGAGAUUGAACAUCCCGUGGCUGGAUUUGAAGGUGACUCUGAUCAAUUUCAAGUCUCAACCAAUGAGAUGGCAGAGCACCUCCAAGCUUCUGAUCUUUGGUACUGUCCUGAUGGGAGUUUUGUAAAGAAGAUCAUAGUCCCUGGCCAUGGCUUAGACAAACCCAAGCUAGGCUCCAAAUGCCAAGUGUUGGCUUUGGGAUUUCCUUUUGGAUCUGGGAUGCCAGAGGGCUGGACAGAACUAACCAUAGGCAUAGGACAAUGGAGGGAAAAAAUGUGGGGGGAACUCAUGGAAAAAUGCCUGGAGUCUAUGCGUCAAGGUGAGGAGGCAAAGAUUCACCUUCCUGGAUCCUCUGCACCUCUUGCUAAACUCAGACUGGAUUCCUUCACCAAUGGCCGGGACUCCUGGGAGAUGGAGGCUAUGGAGAAGGAGGCUCUGGCCAAAGAAGAACACAGAAGGGGUACAGAACUGUUUCGAGCUGGGAACCCUCAAGGGGCUGCCCGAUGCUAUGGACGGGCUCUCCGACUGCUGCUGACGUUGCCCCCACCCGGCCCUCCCGAACGAACUACCCUUUAUGCCAAUCUGGCUGCCUGCCAGUUGCUGCUAGGACACCCCCAGUUGGCAGCCCAGAGCUGUGACCGAGUGCUGGAGCGGGAGCCGGGCCAUUUAAAGGCCUUAUACCGAAGGGGGGUUGCUCGGGCUGCCCUCGGGGACUUGGAAAAAGCCACUGCUGAUUUCAAGAAAGUGCUAGCAGUAGAUCCCAAAAACCGUGCAGCGAAAGAGGAGCUGGGGAAGGUGGUCAUUCAGGGAAGGAAACAGGAUGCAGGGCUGGCUCGGGGACUGCGCAAGAUGUUUAGCUGAUUAAAGGAGACAGGAACCCGCGAACUGUGGUCUGUGUUGUGGAAUUUUCAAGGGCCCCGAAGGAAGUUGUUUGAACUCGUAUCUCGUUCUGACCUACAGGGAGUUAGCGACGGUGUCAGUGAGCCACUUGGUGGAGGGAGUCCCGGGAAGCGUAUCCACCUCCGAGGAUAGGAGAGGUUGUCUAUUUGGGACUGGCUGUGGCAAACGCCAGAACUUCCGGAUGUCAGGGAGUUGCAUCCCAGGGAGGUGGAGUUACAAGUGGUUGCGUGUCGCCAGGUGUGGGUGCUGAGAAUGUAAUCCAGACCCUUAUAAGAGCAACAAGCACUUUCCUUUUGGGUGGGAGGGUUUGAGACAGGGCUUCUCUGUGUAACAACCCUGGCCGUCCUGGAGCACACUUUGUAGACCAGGCUGAGAUCCGCCUGCCUCUGCCUCCUGAGUGCUGGGAUUAAAGGCGUGCACCACUACCGCCUAGUCGCAAUAAGCAAUAUUAAACUGCUGAGCCAUCUCUUAUCCU